UCCAAACUGAAAUAAUUAAAAACAUCAAUUAUAAUUAAUAAGUGAAUUAAAUAAGAUUUAGUUUGGCGCGAUUAAAGUCUAGAAAAGUAAAUCAUCUAGAAAAGUUUUGUUGACAACUUAACUGCCUGGCCGGGGUACUUAACGGGUUAAUUAACGUUGGCAAAUAUGUAACACGGUGAUGUGUUGACCCAGUACAACCCAGUACAUCGCUCAAUAAUGCCCAGGCCCUCGCGAGAAUCCUACGGCGAACAGAAGCCCCCCUACUCGUACAUUUCACUGACGGCCAUGGCCAUUUGGAGUUCGCCGGAGAAGAUGCUGCCGCUGAGCGACAUCUACAAGUUUAUUACGGAUAGGUUUCCGUACUACCGCAAGAACACCCAGCGCUGGCAGAACUCGCUCCGCCACAAUCUCAGCUUCAACGACUGCUUCAUCAAGGUGCCGCGUCGCCCGGACAGACCCGGAAAAGGUGCCUACUGGGCCCUGCAUCCGCAGGCCUUCGAUAUGUUCGAAAACGGUAGCCUGCUCCGACGGCGGAAGCGCUUCAAGCUCCACAAGAACGACAAGGAUCUGCUGAACGAGGAGCUCACCGCCCUGGCGAAUCUCAAUCGGUUCUUUUUCACCACCCGGAAUGGAGGUAGUGGGGCACACAUGGCACCCCUGGACAUGAACGCCGGAGCCAUGCGGCUGGAUCCGAUGCCCAGGACACCGAAUCACAUGCCAAACUCGCUGGGUAUGCCCCAUGCCAUCCCCGGCUCUAUCUCAAGUGCUGAUCACACGAACCUGUCCGACAUGGGACUGACCAGCCUGCCCUCGCUAACUAGCUCGGAUAUUGAGCUGCGACCAAAGCGAUCCUUUACGAUAGAGAGUCUGAUUACGCCGGACAAGCCGGAACACCACUCCGAGGACGACGACGACGAUGAUGAUCGCGUGGACAUCGACGUUGUGGAAUGCGGAGGCGGCGGCGGCGGUAGCGCUGGCAGUAUCUCUCGGUAUCCUGGCACGCCCUCCGCCUCCGAGGAGUACAUGUCCGCCAGUCGAUCGAGUCGCACCGAGGAUCCCCUGCCGCCCCUGCACACGAUCAAUGCCGGAGCGCAUGUGCCCUUCCUGCACUACGCCACCGGCGGAGCCAACGUGGCCGGACUCCAGGCGGCGGGACUUCCGGGCUCCAGUGCCAGUGCCACCUACGAGCUGGCCAUCUCGCAUCCGCUGUUCAUGAUGACAGCGCCCAUUGCCAAUAUGCACAAUAUCUACUACAACAACGUCACAUUAGUGGCACCGGCGCAACAGUAUCGGACACCCGAGGUCCAGAAUAGAAUAGACAACGAUAUGCGUACGAUAUAGUAUUAGAUAAGCCGUUUGAAAGAAACAUCUAACAAAGCAACAAAAACAAUUAUGUAUAGCAUUAUUUAUGAAACGAUAUAUGUAUAUCCAUCCAAACGUAGUUCCUUUUGAAUUAAGGUUAAUUGUAAUAGGACCAAAACAUAUGGCAUACCUAGGUGUUAGAAGGCAUGUAAAUAAAGCUUGUUAUACAAAUUUUAAUAGCUUGUAUUACAUAUCCGUACUAGUAAAUUAUUUAUUUUAUUUGUAUAUCAAACCUAGUGCAUAGAUCGAUCAUUUUGUGAAGAAUAUAAACAUUUAAAUACCGAAGAAAAUCGUCUUUGAAAAUCUUGGCAUUAUACAUAUUUUCAGCACAUGUUUAUAAGAU